GGAAAACCACAUGUUGUAAUUCCAAUUCUAGUUCCUGAGCUAGAAUCUGAAAAGGAAGCUCCAGUACUUAAACUUGAUCUAGGUAAUGAACUACUUGAAGUAAAUGAUCUAGAUAGUUGUAAGACUCUUUUCUAUGAUCUAGAACAAUAUGAUCCUAAUGCAGUUCGCCCACCAACUUUAAAAGA